UGAAUCGUCACUCAAAUAUGGCAGCGCCCUAGGAGCUCAUGUACCUGGGUUUUGUUACAGGACUAUUUACUUUUAAGAUAGGUUUUUAUUUUUAUUCUUGUGACAGCCUACUCCUGGUCUGCCAGUGUAGUAGUGGCCUACACUUUAUUUACAACAGCUCUGAACUAUUCCACAGGUAGCUAACGCUAGCUAACGUUAACUUAUCCUUCCUAGAAUGCCUGUAGGUUACUAGCUGAGCGAAGACAUGUCGCUUUUUCUUGUCAAACGGUGGUGUGCAACGCCUCUGUUAAGACGUGUAUUACAGUUUAAAUUGUAUAGAAGGAAAAUACAAAACUAUAACACGACCUACACGCUGUUAAGACACCCCUGGCUGAAAAGACUGCCUGCUUUCUCCAGCAGCUUCAGGCUGGCCAGCACGCAGACAGACAAGGAAACCAUUGACUUGUCCAAGUUCCCUGUGGACAGAAUCAGGAAUUUUUGCAUCAUUGCUCAUAUUGACCAUGGAAAAAGCACUUUAGCUGACAGGCUGUUGGAGAUAACAGGUGCCAUAGCAAAGACUGAGAAGAACAAACAGGUGUUGGACAAGCUUCAGGUGGAGCGAGAGAGAGGGAUAACGGUAAAGGCCCAGACAGCCUCACUGUUGUACAACCACCAGGGACAGCAGUACCUCCUGAACCUCAUUGACACACCGGGUCAUGUAGACUUCAGUUAUGAAGUGUCUCGAUCGAUUUCUGCAUGCCAAGGAGUCCUGUUGAUUGUUGAUGCCAAUCAGGGGAUCCAAGCGCAGACGAUGGCUAACUUCUACCUGGCUUUUGAAGCUCAGCUGUCAAUAAUCCCAGUCAUCAACAAGAUUGAUUUGAAAAAUGCUGACCCAGAGACAGUGGAGUCACAGAUUGAAAAGGCGUUUGAUAUUCCACGUGCAGAAUGCAUCAGGAUUUCAGCUAAACUUGGAACAAACGUUGAAAAUGUUCUCCAAGCAGUUGUGGACAGGAUUCCACCACCACCAGUGAGCACUGACGGCCCAUUUAAAGCCCUAGUUUUUGACUCCAGUUUCGACCACUACAGAGGUGUUGUGGCCAAUAUCGCUGUGUUUGGAGGUCGGGUCAGAAGAGGUGACAAGAUUGUUUCAGCACAUCUCGGCAAAGCCUACGAGGUCAACGAGCUGGGGCUUCUCCGACCAGAGGAGCACCCGACACAGAAGCUGUUUGCAGGCCAAGUGGGCUACAUAAUCGCAGGGAUGAAGGAUGUCAAGGAGGCCCAGAUUGGUGACACACUGUACCUCCAGGAGCAGCCAGUGGAGGCUCUGCCGGGGUUUAAACGCGCCAAAGCCAUGGUCUUUGCUGGCAUAUAUCCCAUGGACCAGUCAGAGUACCCAGGCCUGCGUAGCGCCAUAGAGAGGCUGACCCUGAAUGACUCGAGUGUCACUGUGCAGAGAGACAGCAGUAUGGCCCUGGGAGCAGGGUGGAGACUGGGCUUCCUGGGUCUACUCCAUAUGGAGGUGUUCAAUCAGAGGCUGGAGCAGGAAUACAAUGCCUCAGUUAUAGUAACAGCGCCCACCGUGCCCUACAAAGCUAUCCUCUCCUCAGCCAAACUCAUCAAGGAACAUGGCAGUGAAGAGAUAACCAUCGUGAACCCGGCUCAGUUCCCAGACCGAUCGGUUGUGUCAGAGUAUUUGGAGCCCAUGGUGCUGGGGACCAUUCUUGCUCCAGACACUUACAUUGGCAAGAUUAUGACUCUCUGCUUGACCCGUAGAGCCGUCCAGAAGAACAUGGUGUAUAUAGACGACCAGCGUGUUAUGAUCAAGUAUCUCUUCCCUUUAAAUGAAAUCAUUGUGGAUUUCUAUGACCUCCUCAAAUCACUGUCAUCUGGAUAUGCCAGCUUUGAUUAUGAGAUUGCAGGCUACCAGGCUGCUGAUUUGAUAAAGCUGGAUAUUCUGUUGAAUGGACGCCCUGUGGAAGAACUCACAACAAUUGUGCACACAGACCGUGCAUACAGUACAGGAAAAGCCGUGUGCGAGCGGCUCAAAGACUCCAUACCGAGGCAGUUGUUUGAGAUUGCCAUACAGGCUGUUAUCGGAAGUAAGGUAAUCGCAAGAGAAACAAUAAAGGCAUACCGAAAAAAUGUCCUUGCUAAAUGUUAUGGAGGUGACAUCACACGGAAGAUGAAGCUGCUGAAGAGGCAGGCAGAAGGUAAAAAGAAGAUGAGGCGCAUCGGCAAUGUGGAAGUUCCCAAAGACGCCUUCAUUAAUGUUCUAAAGAGGAAAGACAAAUAGUAAAUAAUAAUAAAUUAUAUGGAACAGGUCUUUGUUAUUGAAAGGCUCUGGUAGAUUUUCUCUGAAUAAAGUGGACAUUAGUGCUAUAAACUGCUAUACAUCAGAAGUAAUUGUGUUAAUGUUCACUAUAUGCAUUAUUACUUUCUCUCCCAACUUUUCAACACCACAUACAUAAUCCAGAGUUAAUUCUGUACCAACAUUACAAAAGAUAACUUGAAGCUUCAGAGGUCUUUAGUAAAAUUCCCUUUCUGUGCUUCCACAAACAGUAUUUGCUUUCUGAGCCACAGCAGAGGGAGAGUAAUACAGUUGUUGGACACUAAAAACAGUGUAACUACAAAUUAAAUCAUUCAGUUAGCCCCAUCUGAACUGUGGAACAUAUGUUUACACAGAGUACAGACUAUAGAUUUGGCCACCAGUCAUGUACGGUACGUU